AAAACUAUUUUUCAGUCAGCUGUAUCAGCACUAGUGGGUCAAAGAGCGAGGAAUAUUUGUUUCAUUCUUGAAUUUAUCAACAUAUCAGCAGUUUUUAAAUUUAUUGAAGAUAUAGUCGUUAAAUAGAUCAUUUCGCUUUACGUUCAUUUAGAUAGUGUAAAUUUCACAAUUAUGCGGGGUGUGGUAGUGGCGUCUUUAUUGGCCCAAGCGCUUAUAUCAGUUUUUGCAAGUCCUAAAGUGGGUGGACCAGUAUGGAGUCAGACUUAUUCUGUAAAAGGUAUCCUCCACAUCCCCUAUGCUGAAAUUGAUGAACCUUUCUAUGCCUGGUUCGAUGCUCCGUCAAAACAAUCUCGCAUCGACUAUUAUGGUGACAUGGUAAAAACGUAUCAGUUAGGAGGUCAUGGUUAUGGAACUAGUAUAAAAAUUGCACCCGUCACUACUGAAGAGGAGCAAAACACUCGAACGUGCCUUCAAGUCAAUGGCACCGCAGAUAACAAAAUUCUGCCACAAACUGUUUUGCCGCAAUUGAUCAAUUUUGAAUGUAUUGGACAAGAAACAGUGAACGGUCUUGAAACAGAAAAAUGGGGACUAACAGAAACUGUUGGCGAAAAAGAAAAUAAAUAUACCAUGUGGAUAAUUUACAAAGAUAAUCCUGAUGGUAUUGGCAAAAUUGCAGUACCAGUUAGAUAUGAAAUGAAGGGAUUCAACUCCCUGCUUGGAAGCCACUAUGAUCAUUACUACUUAGAUUACGAUUCCUACAACAUCGACGAUAUUCCUGAAAAAAUCUUCCAAUAG